AUGAGGAGCAAAGAAGUGGGGGAAGCCCAGGGGAGGCUGGGAGCAGGUAGACUGCAGCUGGGCUGCUGGAGGAAAGAUGAACUUGGCAGAGGUGGGGGUGGGCGUGGCCAUGGGCCAAGCUCAGGAGAAUCAGAGCGGCUCCGGGCACGGGGGUCCCUCGGGAAGCGCUCCCUCUCCCCGCUUCUUCCGUGGGUUCCCCGACUCGUGCUCCGGGGGGAGGGGGAAUCAGGAAGUAGGGGUGCCACACUCAGUGCCCGAUGCUGCCACGUCUCAUCUUUGUCUCCGUUCCUUACAAUGGGUGUGUAUCCUCUUGGCAGUCAGAUAAAUGAUUAA